AUGUCUUAUGAGCCUCUCACUUACGAUAGUUGCAACUCUGCCGAAGUUGCUGCUGUCUCGAAUCAUUUAUCUAAGUUCACAAGCUCGCCUAGUCUCCGUCUGAUCACGCCUCCUUCAAACCCAAAUGGCAGUCCCCAACUACCUCAAUGGCUUGCCCCUAUAACGCCAACAGAUUCUUUCGUCCCAUCUCGGUUUGGCAGCAGCCCCUGGGGGCCUGAAGUAACUACCGUCGGCCAAACAUGGUCGGAUAAGAAUGAAGCUAUAGUUGCUGGUCCUUACAACUACCUGCUGCGGAAUCCCGGCAAAGGCGUGCGUGCACAAGUCAUGGGCGCCUUUAACGCUUGGAUGGACGUUCCAAUGGACCGGUUCAAGAUCAUUGCCGACUCCAUCGAUAUGCUACACUCUGCAUCACUACUCAUUGAUGACAUACAAGAUAACUCAACACUGCGACGGGGGCUUCCAGUAGCACAUAGCAUCUAUGGCGUGGCCCAGACUAUCAACAGUGCAAACUACUACUAUUUCCGUGCCAUGAAAGAACUUCAAAGGCUAGAGAGCGCCGAAGCAAUACUGCAAUUCAACGAUGAGUUAUUGCAGUUGCAUCGUGGCCAGGGCAUGGAGUUGCACUGGCGAGAUUCACUUAUUUGCCCGACCAAGGACGAGUACCUUGACAUGGCUGGCAAUAAGACGGGAGGCCUCUUCCGACUUAGCAUCAAGCUCAUGCAGACUCAGUCCCGGAGACCAGUACCAUCAGACUGUGUGCGCUUGGCUGAUUUACUUGGUCUCAUUUUUCAAAUCAGAGAUGACUACCAGAAUCUUUGUUCAAACGAAUACACCAACAGCAAAGGCUUUUGCGACGACUUGACCGAAGGGAAAUUAUCCUUCCCAGCCAUACAUUGUAUUCAUCAUGACCCAAAUAACCAAGAGCUCCUCAACAUUUUAAGACAAAGACCUACAGAGACUUCCAUCAAGCAAUAUGCUGUUCAGCGCAUGGAAAGCACGGGCAGCCUUGAGUACACUCGCAUGUUUCUUGACAAUUUACUUGCACAAGGAAAGCAACUCGUAGACAUCAUCAGCAAUAAUCCAGAAGCAGGCAAACCAAUGCACCUAUUAUUGAACAAAUUGGCUAUUUGAUUUAGC